AUCACUGUUUCAAACUGCCCAAAGUGCCCCUUGUUGAACACUUUCCCUCUUUCUCAAGCGUCUCUCUCAAACCUCCUUUUGACUAAAAAUUCACAACCGGGCAUCACUGAUUUCACUGAAAAUCCCUUGUUUUUUCAAUUCUUGAUGGCUUAGAUGAUAUAAAGCUAGUUCCUUUGAAAUGGGUUUUCUCUGUUGUGAUUAGUUUUUCAACUCUUCGAUUGUGUCUUUUAUUUAUAUUUAUGAAGAUGAAGAUGGGUUUGAGUCCAGAUUCUGUAAAGGUAAAGAAUUCUAAUGAGAAAUCAAAGAGCAAGAAAAAUAAGAAAAAUGGUAAGGAUGAGGAGGAUAUGGGAUGUUGGUUUAAACUCAGAUUGCUGGGAAGCUGCAUGCCUUCAAGAUCAAAAGUUGAUAGCUCUUUAAGUGGCAUCUCAACUCAUUAUGCGCAAAGUAAAUCUACAAAUGAUAAGAACAAAGACCAACCAGUUGUUCCAGCAAUGUCUUCCACUACCACAACUAGCAAUGCAGAGAGUGCAUCCUCAUUUCCAACAUUUAGUGAGGAAUUGAAGCUUGCUUCUCAGCUCCGAAAAUUUACAUUUAAUGACCUUAAGUUAGCAACUAGAAACUUUAGGCCUGAGAGUCUUCUUGGGGAGGGUGGGUUUGGGUGUGUCUUCAAAGGUUGGAUUGAGGAGAACGGAACUGCUCCUGUGAAACCUGGCACUGGGCUUACUGUUGCAGUGAAAACCCUCAACCAUGAUGGCCUUCAGGGUCAUAAAGAGUGGCUAGCUGAAGUUAGUUUUCUUGGGAAUCUUCUCCAUAAAAACUUGGUAAAAUUGGUUGGUUACUGCAUUGAAGAUGAUCAAAGGUUGCUGGUGUAUGAGUUCAUGCCUAGAGGAAGUUUGGAGAAUCACCUCUUCAGAAAAGGGUCCUUGCCUCUUCCUUGGUCUAUCAGGAUGAAAAUUGCUCUUGGUGCUGCGCAAGGUCUUGCUUUCCUUCAUGAGGAGGCUGACAGACCAGUAAUAUAUCGUGAUUUUAAAACAUCUAAUAUAUUAUUAGAUGCGGACUACAAUUCCAAACUUUCUGAUUUUGGACUUGCCAAGGAUGCUCCUGAUGGAGGCAAAACUCAUGUGUCUACCAGAGUUAUGGGAACCUAUGGCUAUGCUGCCCCAGAAUAUGUGAUGACUGGACAUUUGACUUCAAAGAGCGAUGUCUAUAGCUUUGGAGUAGUUUUACUUGAAAUGCUCACUGGCCGAAGAUCAAUGGACAAAAACCGACCAAAUGGGGAGCACAACCUUGUGGAAUGGGCAAGGCCACAUUUUGGGGACAAGAGAAGGUUCUACCGCAUAUUAGACCCUCGCCUUGAAGGCCAUUUCUCAAUCAAAGGUGCUCAGAAAGCUAUUCAAUUGGCUGCCCAGUGUCUUAGCCGUGACCCCAAAUCCAGGCCCCGGAUGAGUGAAGUUGUUGAAGCACUAAAGCCUUUACCAAACUUAAAGGAUAUGGCUAGCUCUUCGUACUACUUCCAAACUAUGCAAGCAGAUCGUAACAAAUCAAACAUGAAUGCUAAAAAUGGCAUUAGAACAAAUGCAGGAUUCAUAACAAGGAACGGACAACCACUGAGGAGCUUAAGUGAUGUGCGUGCAUCUCCAUAUAACCAGCCUCGGCAGUCACCAAAACCUAGAGGGAAAAACUCAUAGCACUAUAGUUGCGUUUAUAUUAUAUCUGGAUUCAGCUUUUUGGCAGUAGCUUCAGCAGUUUGAAAUAGCACUGAGGUUUGUUCCAUCAUUAGUCUGAGAAGUGACGUCUGGUUAUUUGUUAUUCAUCCACCAUGUUCAAUCAGUAAAAUGAUGGAACGAGCCUCCUGCUUUAUGUGGUGGCUUGUGAUUGGUAAUCAUCGAAAUGCAUCUAUUCUCUGUUCUUACCUCUCUAAUGCAUCGACUCUUGAGUAGGAAAUUAUACACUGGACACUGGAAAGAUACUGAAGUCAAGUGGUGAUGUAGAGGGAGGUGGGGGUGUGAACAAAUGUUAGUAAGCUUGAUUGUAAAUUGAAGAGAAAGGAAGUGUGAGGCAAAUUUAUGUAGCUAUUAAUUCUGAUUCUCAUCAUCAUAUUUCCAAUCUUUAA